AACAAAAUCAGAAGGCCUUCUAACAAGGAAGACCUCUCUCUUUCUCUCUCCUUUUUCUGUCAAACACCCAGUCACCUACGAUAAAAAAAAUCCAAAAAAAAAAAAAAAAAAAACCAGGGAAAAAAAUCAGAUAACAGGAAGAAAAGAGAGAAGACACUGAGAUUAAACUUGCUUACUUCAUCUUCUACUUAUCUCCUUAAUUUAUAUUUUAUAAUCGAAUUUUUAUUAAUCUGAGAGCACAAAAAAAAAAAAAAGAAAAAGAAAAAACAAUCUUGUUUCUUCCUACAAUGCCCACUUUGUAUUGGGCAAGGUAAUAAUCUAAUCUUCCUAUCACCUUCAAAUUGCAUUUUUUUUUUCAAAGCGGAUUUGUCUUUUUAUUUUUUUGACAUUUAUGCUUUGAAUCAUAUCUUUCCUUUUGGCUUUUGAUCGAUUCCCAUUUACUCUAAGGAACUCGGAAAAAGUGUGUUUUUUUUAACUUUCCUUUUUUUUAGACGUUUUUGCAUUUAAUUGUUGUUGGAUAAAAUUAGGGUUUUCUUUUUUUUUUCUUUUUAUUAAUGGGUACUUAAUAUUUGCUCAGUUAAAGUUUUUGUUUGAUGGAUUUUUUUUUUCUAGGGUUUUCAUCCGGAUCAACAAAUUGGGUGAAAUUUCCCAAAUUGGUAACUGAUUAUGGUUCUGAUCGAGUAUAAAUGGGCUCAAGCUCUUGUUUUUGGAGUAUCAGAUUGAAGAGCUAUUUGUCUCAAGCUUUAGUUUUUAAACAGAUUGCUUAAGAGAAAUGUUGAUUGCUAAGCUUUUGGGAAUGGAAGAAGAUUGCUUUCAUAUUGAAUUGUGUAGAUAGUGAUAAAAAAAAAGCUUGAAGAUAUAGUUGUUUCAGAGAAAAGGGUAUCUGAGUUUUUAGUAAUUUUUAUGUGUUUGAUCUCAAUUUGGGAAUGGUUUUGGUACUGGGUUAUUAUUGGAAAGAAGAGGUGAUGAUUCUUUAUUGUCCCCGUAGGCAACGUAGAAGGUCAGAUUGUACUGGACCAUUUUUGUUUCUUAGAAAACCGUUUGGUUUAACAUAGUUUUUGAGCUAGAAUUCUUGAACAAAAGAGCAUUUUUUUAAGUUGUCCUUCUAUUUGGGGCAUUGUUGAAUUAGAUUGGUGGAAGACAACAGUAGGUUUAGUAAGUGAUUUCUGGCUUGCUGUGGUAAUUUUCGCAUUUGAAAUAAUUUGUUUAGUGAUAGAUAGUUGACUUGGGGUUACUUUUGAGGCUACGGAGAUUAGAGGGCUUGUUGGGUUUAGGAACUUUUUGAGCUGUUAAGAGUGAAAGGAGUAAAUGGGGGAACAUUGAAACUGGAAAUGUAUGGAGGGAUAUGGUGCAUGGACAGGAGCAUAGUUAUUGGUUGUUCCCUUUCCGGAACAUUGCUACUGGAAGAUAAUCCAAGUGUUUUUGCUUUUGGAAGGCAUUCGUGUUUCGUGUUCUGAACUCCUGUGAAAUGUCGCGUUGCUUUCCUUUCCCACCACCAGGAUAUGAAAAGAAGGCUAGGACUGAUGAUGUGAACUUACUAAAAAAGGAGAAGCAAAAAGAGAAGAAGCAUAAGAAGGAGAAGAAGGACAAGGAGAAGAGAGAAAACAAAGAAAAAAAGGAGAAAGAUAGAAGUGAUGGAAAGCAUAAGGAUAAGAAAGACAAAAAGGAAAAACACAAAGACAAUAAGAAGGAAAAGGAUAGAGAUAAAGAAAAAGAAAAAGAUAGAAGUAAUAACUCAGAGAAGAAAUUUCCUGCUCAUCCUGAUGGUCAAAAUGGGGAGCAAACCUCAGAUGAGAAGAAACUUCCAGGAAAAUCUGAAGGUCAGAGUGGGGAGAAGUUUAUUCAGAAAGAGAAGGGUAGGGACAAAGAUCGAAGCAGUUUCUCAGGUGAGAAGAAACUUGCAGGGCAAUUUUCUGGUUAUAAUGGGGAGAAGAAUGGCCAGAAUAGCCAUCUCCCUGAAGAUUUCAGGGAUUCUAAAUUUGUUCAGGAGUUGGGAAGGAGGGUUAGAGAUGAAGGUGCAGGAGCUGGAAAACAAUUGGCGGAUAAGUUUAUGGGUACAGACUGGAAAAGAGAUGAGGGAAUGGUCAGAUUGGUGGGGAACACUGCCAACACAUUGGCUGAACAGAAGGAAAAGAACAAGAGAAGUGAUGAUAGGAAGAUGGAUGUGCAAGGAAUCAGGGAGGAGACAAAAUCUGGUGGAAAUGCUAUGGUUCAGAACCUUGCUGGAGCAGUUAAAGCUAGAGUUGAAAGGAUUCCCAGAAAAGUGGAGAAUAAUAUUAAGAGGCAGGGGGAAGGGAAAGAAAAAACCGAAGAAAAGGAAAGUGAUGAUAAAAUCAAGGAUAAGCGCAAAGAUAGACACAGAGAUAAAAAAAGUCAUGGGAAACAUAAGGAUAGGGACAAAGAGAAGGAGGAGAAGGCAAAGGCGAAGGAUGAACAUAGGCAUUUGGAGCAGGAUAACUUAAAAGCAAGCAACAAAGAUGACCCUGUGGGUAUCCUUGAUCUGAAAACGUCACGUCCUUUCAGGGAGGGCAACAAGGGUGCUCUUGCUGAGGAAAAUCUCCACAAGCGGAAGGACUUGGAAACAAAUGGAUUUUUUCAUGUUGAUGACAUUAAACCCAAUAAGUUGCCAAGAAUUUCUUCCUCUCAUCCAUUGACGGACAAUGGAAGGACAUUGGAAACUUGCCAAGCUCCCAAUCCACUUACUUCAGACAGCCAGGGGGCAGGAAACAGUCAUAAAGUGAAUAAUAAAGAUCGCAAGGUGAAUGGUAUCAUUGAAGCUAAGCUGUUAUCUGUCUCUCCAACAAAGCAUUUAUCAGCAAGUCCACAAGCUACUCAAAUUGAUGAAGUGUCUAUAAAACCACCCCAUCCAGAUUUAAAGUUUUUGAGCCAAGUACUUUCGGUGCCCAAAAUGGAAGAAUGGUCUGAUUUUGAUGACCAAUCAUGGUUAUUUCACAGUAAUGAAUCUCAAUCAAAAAAACUCAAGGUGGGAUUUUCUGAGAUUGAUGAGUCCCAAGUGUGGGCAGAGGCGCUGCGGAUACAGUCAGCUGAUGUUUGUGCUCUCCCUUAUGUUAUUCCGUACUGAUUUUGUCUUUAUUAGCGGGCACAUGGUUAACCCUCCUACACUGCAGCAGGAUUUGGCCCUUUGGGUUGAUUCUUUGAUUUCUGUUAAGCAUUCUUUUGUUGUCAAACUCCGGUGUUGCAGUGAAUGUUUUUGCAUGACUGACUCCCAAACUUUGUUGAAGGGAUUGAUCUGUCACGCCGACGAUCACAUGCUCUAUCAUGUCAUUCCACUGCUGGAAGCGGAGGGUGGGGUAUUUGCCUCCUGGUACCAAGCUACUAGUUCAUUCAAAACACAGGACGCCAUGAAGACAACCGAAUGACGGCGCCCUGAAAAAGGGCGAUGUACGAGAUUGUGCAAUUCUUAUUUUAAUUGCUUAAAGCUGAGAAGCUCUUUCUAAUUGAGAAUGUAAGAGAAACUAGCUGUGGUCUUUGCAAUUCCACUGCAAUUUUGAUUUGUAACAUACAACUCUUAUUUACAAGAAAUGUAAGAUAGAGGGAAAAGAAAGUAAUCGCAUUCAUUUAUUCACAACUCCUGUACAUGUACCUUGUCCUCUUUUCUAUGUUUCUUCAGUAAAGGUUUGCCUUGGUCGUUGAAUUAACCAAACCCAUCCUACUGUCUUAAACAACCUGUUAAACCCACCUGUUAAACUGCCUGAAUUCUUGUAAGAACAUCACCAGAUCCCGGUGACCAACCCAAUGUUUAUUUAUACACUUGAAAAAUAAGUUGUACUAGUGAUCUACUAGCUU